AGAGGGCGAGACUGAUCACGUGACCCAGCAAGAUGGCGACUACAAUGUAGAAUGGAUGUGAAUGAUUUAAAAUAAGCGGAAAUUUGGAUCAGCUGGUUAAUUAUCACAAAAUCAAGAUGGCCCUAAAUGUGUUUGAUCAUGAUGAAUACAGGCCACCGGUGUGGAAGUCUUACUUGUACCAGCUCCAGCAGGAGGCGCCGCACCCUCGCAGACUCACCUGCACCUGUGAGGUAAACAAUCGACCUAAAUACUAUGGAAGAGAGUACCAUGGGAUGAUCUCCAGAGAAGAGGCCGACCAGUUACUGAGUCAGGCCGAAGGCAGCUACCUCAUCAGGGAGAGUCAGAGACAGCCGGGCACGUACACACUGGCUCUGAGAUUUGGGAACCAGACGAGAAACUUCCGUCUCUACCACGACGGGAAGCACUUUGUCGGAGAGAAGAGGUUCGAGUCCAUCCAUGACCUGGUGACAGACGGCCUCAUCACACUCUAUAUCGAGACAAAGGCCGCGGAGUACAUCGCUAAGAUGACCAUAAACCCCAUCUAUGAGCACGUUGGCUACACCACCUUAAACCAGGAGCCCACCCUGAAAAAGCACCUGCCGCUCAGCCCCGAGGCCCCGGACGGCCCCGCUCCGGCCAAAGACGACUGCAACUCUGAGGAGAGGCUAACAUCGCUGGUGCGGCGGGCCACCCUGAGGGAGAGCGACUUAGCGCCCAAGUACGAGAAGGUCCACAACUUCAAGGUUCACACAUUCAGAGGCCCCCACUGGUGUGAGUACUGUGCCAACUUCAUGUGGGGUCUCAUCGCUCAGGGAGUCAAGUGUGCAGAUUGUGGCUUGAACGUCCACAAGCAGUGCUCCAAAGUGGUGCCGAACGACUGCCAGCCGGACCUGCGGCACGUCAAGAAGGUGUACAGCUGCGACCUGACCACGCUUGUCAAAGCCCACAACACCAAGAGGCCCAUGGUGGUGGACAUGUGCAUACAGGAGAUCGAGGCUAGAGGUCUUCAGUCGGAGGGUUUGUACAGAAUAUCAGGCUUCAGUGAGCUGAUCGAAGACGUCAAGCUGGCCUUUGACAGAGACGGAGAGAAGGCUGACAUCUCCUCAAACGCUUACGAGGACAUCAACUGCAUCACGGGAGCCCUCAAGCUCUACUUCAGGGAGCUGCCGAUCCCCCUCAUCACGUACGACGCACACCCACGCUUCAUAGAAGCCGCAAAGAUCACAGAUCCAGAGAAACGCCUGGAGGCUGUACACGAGGCCUUGAAGCUGCUGCCGCCUGCUCACUGCGAGACGCUGCGAUACCUCAUGGCUCACCUGAAGAGAGUCAUCCAGGCGGAGAAGGAGAACCUCAUGACCAGCGAGAACCUGGGCAUCGUCUUCGGCCCGACGCUGAUGAGAGCCCCCGAGCUGGACGCCAUGACAGCGCUCAACGACAUCCGCUACCAGAGACUAGUGGUGGAAACGCUCAUCACCAACGAGGACGUGUUGUUCUGAGAGGAGGCGGGACGUGAAAAGACGGAAGGAGAAAAAAAAACUGACUUUACCAGAAGAUGAAGAAGAAAAACCUGAAACUUGGACUUAAAGUUCUCUUCAUGUUGGAUCGAAGGACAAUGAAGGAUACGUCUUUGUAAAGGAGGACUCACUUUAGGACAACAAGGUGGAAAAACGCAAACUUUUCUCAUCCACAAAACUCAAGACGUUAUUUUCAAGCCUUACUCGGUAAAAACAGACGACCUUUAUCACUUUUGGCAAACAGGAACACCUGAAUUAUUGCCUCCAUCAUUUGAAGAGAUUAACAGCAGCACUGCAACAACAUCAUCAGUGACGCAUCAUCAGUUUGUAUGUUGUGUCUUUUUUUUUUUUUUAAACGGAUGCCUUGACGUUUCAGCUCUUCCUGCUCAACAUGUUAUUAGCAUUGUUAGCGUCGAGCUAAGGAGCCACGUCUGCGGUUUCAGUGAGGAAAAGCUGCUUUCUCAUCAACGUUUUCCUCCAGUUUUGGAGGUGAGCGGCUGCUCCCGACCUCCUUUGGUCCUCCUCAAGCGGAGAAGAAGAUGAAAACAGCUUCCACAGCUGCAGACGGCUGGAUGGACGAGUGAAUCUCUCUUAAAUGGAGUUAAAGUGACUUGGACCUAUUCCUCUCUUUUUAAAAACUCUUUACUUUACAGCUCCCUCUGCUGUUCCAUUAGCUGCACUGUAACUAUAUCAUUUCUUUAACAGCUUAUUUGUUUUUAUUACUAAUAUAGAUAAAUAAUGCCCCCUUUAAUCUCUAGUAUAAAUGUUGUUUUUAACUGACCAAUAACAUCCGAUCCUGGCACUGAAGCAGCUGCAAAUUAAACAGUUAAACAUCUUUUGUUACGAUGUUUUCUCUUCUCAACCAGCCUGCUUCUUUUUGUUUUUAAAAGCUCAGUUUGAAGUGGAAGUUAAAGACGAUUUCUGCUGUUAUUUGCAGCUCUGCCGACUCCUCAACCCGGAUUUAAAUCUAUAAAUUAGCAAAGCAUCUACAACCUUAACUAGAUGAUAAAUAACGAUGAAUUGGCCAUGGAGAAAUGAACACAGAGAGGCAGAUGGAGAAGAGAAAACACCCCAUCAUGAGUGACAAUGUGAAAUUAUGUUUGUUCUUUUUAUAGCAAUAUUGUCAUUAAGCCUUGUUGCCGGGCAGAUUAUGUGCUAAAACGUACUAAUAGAUUUUUUUUAUUGCAUGUCUGGCUGCAGUUCAGUAAUAAUGUUCUAGGCGUGUCAGCUUAAUUGGACCUGAUGGAAAAAUUCAGAAGCUUUAGUGUCACUGAGUAUUUGAGAAAUAAUGAAACUCCUCCUGACAAAUAAGAGCGAUGAAGCUCGAGUAAACAAGAACCCCUUUAUACGAGUUUUCACUUUCAGCUUGCUCGUUUCACAUUCAAUCUUUUACUUGAUUCUUAUUGUUGGACUGUCUGCAGCUCUGUCAUCUAACUGUGAAACUGUGAGAAAUAAUAAGACUUACACAUCACUAAAGACGGCCAGUUAGAGUUCUGUUUAUGAUGUUUUAAUCUGAAUACUUUAACAGAUAUGUGAGCAUCAGCUACGGGCUAAACAUCAACACUGAAGGUUAUUUUGAAAUGUUGUGGCCAUGUUGUGAUGUAAGAAAGCAGUAUUAAUGUGGGACGAAGUUGCCAAUCGUGAGUAAUAUGAAGGAGUGUAUUAGCUGUGAUCUUUCUUUUUUUUAAACUUGUGCCAUUUAGAAAGGUGGAGGCGUAGGAUGAAUGCCUUGUGCAUGUACAAACCCCACCUUAACUAACACUUAAACCUCCUCUUCUUUGGUUUACUACCCCCAUUUCUGUCGGGGGGGAGGGGGAUUACUUUGACCUGUUUCACAAAGCAAAGUGGGAGUUUGUAAAAUAUCAAACUGGAUGUAAAAUAAAAGUAACAUGAUCUUUUUCUAACCUCUUUUUUUUUUUUUUUUACAUGUUUUUAUUUGAACAGUUUAGACUUUAUGUUGUUUAUUCCCCGUUUAUCUAACAUGUACUAACCACAGUAAGACUAACCUGAUGAGCCUUCAGCGAUCUGUGACACUUGCUUUUUUUUUUUUUGCAUCACAAAAUGUCUUUUUUUUAUUAUUAUUGUCAUUGCUGUACAGUAUUUUCUAUAUGGUUUAUGCAUGGUGAAAUUAAAUUAUUAAAACAUG